AUGGAGAUCCGCUCAAUGGGAAAGGAGCCCGGGAGCUGCGGUGGGAAAGCGAAACUGAAAGUACUCCGCCGGAUGACGUGUUUGUGGGGGAGGAGUAAGUCAGGCAAGGAGGGGAGUCCACGGCGGGGGGGGGCAGCGAUGUGCCCUUAUUUUGGACGGAGAGGCGGGCAGAGGGGACUCCGGGUAUUCCCACAGGCCGCUUCUCUGCAGCGCUUGUUUCUUUCUUCUUCUUUUCAUGGGGUUCCUCCCCUCCCCCCGUAUUGUACUCUGUGAACCGCUCUGAGAUCAUAGGAUGGAAGGGCAGUCUAUAAAUAAACAAAACAAAUACAUUAAUUGAAAAAGCGAAGCUUCGCCCUAUAUGUCAGCACACCCUAUAUUUGUCGCCUCUCUCUCCAUAGCCAAGAGGGGGAGCGAGGGAGGGGCAGCCCCCCCAAAGAAUCAAUAAAGGUAAAGGACCCCUGACAGUUAAGUCCAGUCGGGAACGACUCUGGGGUUGCGACGCUCAUCUCGCUCUAUAGGCCAAGGGAGCCGGCGUACAACUUCCGAGUCAUGUGGCCAGCAUGAUUAAGCCGCUUCUGGCGAACCAGAGCAGCGCACGGAAACACCGUUUACCUUCCCGCCGGAGUGGUACCUAUUUAUCUACUUGCACUUUGACAUGCUUUCGAACUGCUAGGUUGGCAGGAGCAGGGACAGAGCAAAGGGAGCUCACCCCGUCGUGGGGAUUCGAACCGCUGACCUUCUGACCUGCAAGCCCUAGGCUCAUCUGCAAAGAGGCUCUGUAACUUGUGUUUCCCUCCGGGCUCUGGAGGAGGUGAAUCACAGCCCUGCUUUUUUCUCCUUUCCUCGCUCCUUCUGCGCAGAACGUCUCCUUUGAGCUCCGUCCCAGGGAGGUGGUGGCGCUUGUGGGAAGGGCAGUGGGAAGAGCACCUGCGUGGCACUGCUGGAGCACUUCUAUGAGCCCCAGUCCGGGGAGAUCCUGCUGGACGGGGUCCCGAUCCGGGAUUAUGAGCACAAGUACCUGCACAGCAAGGUGAGCAGGGAGCCCACAAAGUGUGGCUGAUAUCAAACUCCUGUUUCCCCUUCAUUAUUUAUUAUUUAUUGAAUUUAUAUACCCCUGUAUACCCUCAGGUCUCAGAAUAAAAUCAUAAUAUAAAACCACACAAUCCAUAAUCCAUUCUUCCUUGUGGAAGAUGCAGAAAUGGCGAAACUCUACUGGAAGAAUAAGAAAUCAAGAUGACAAGGUUUUUUUGAUAAAAGAAUGGAAAUGGUUUAUGGAAUAUUUACAGAUAAAUUGUAAACAGAUAAAAACAGUGGCAGGAUUAUUGUAAUAACCUGCAGCUACAUAAGAGUAUGUAGCUACAGGGAGUUCCAAAGGAUUUUGGGAUUUUAGAGAGUUGUCAGUGCCACGGGGAAGGCGGUUCUGUUUUUCACUAAACAGGAAGCAUCUUCUGCAAAAGAGGAAACGACAGGGUGUGGCUGAGCACUGGAGAGGAAAUGUGGGUUGCAAAAGGCCAUGCCCACCAAAUAUUCGUGAUACACAAACACAUCCCAGCCUGGUACUUAAGCUGUAAACUGGCUUUUUCCAGGGGGUGUGACUGGAGAUGAUUCCCACAAGGAGAUGCUUGCAAGGAGCAGUUGCGGCUGUGGAGCCUUGAGAAGGGAUGGUUCAGAGGGGAUACGAGAGCCUUCUUCAGAUAUUUGAAGGGAUGGAAGGACCUGCCCCUUCCUGUUCUUUCAGCUUCUCAUCUUUCCAACUUUGAGUUCUGUACCUUAAUGCAGCAAUUUGUGGGUUUUGCUUUUAAAAAUCUGCAUGAAAAUUUUUCAUUAUUUCAGUGCAAAUCUCUCCUAAUGAACAUGUUAUUGUCUGCAGAUUUGACUAAUGCACACAUUUUUGCAAGCAAUUUCUCCUAAUAUAAAAGCAUUUUUGUAGGCUGUUUUCACUAACAUCUUCAUUUCUUGCACACAUGUUUGUAACGCUGAGUUGGAAAACAGGGUUGCAAAAUUCAGAGAAUUGUGAACGUUGAAGGUUCACCUGUGUUUCGGUUCUUAUAUUGUUUGAGAAGGUGCAAAUAUGGUGGAGUGUGCUUUAAAUGCAAACUGAAUCCAAUUUCCCCCUAGUUGUCACACUUCAUUCUGCCUGCAGGUGGCGCUAGUGGGACAGGAGCCGGUCCUCUUCUCUGGGUCCAUACGGGACAAUAUCGCCUAUGGGGUGCAGGAUUGCAGCCAGGAAGAGGUGGCAGCUGCAGCAAGAGAAUCCAACGCCUUAGGCUUCAUCAGUGAGCUGGAAGGAGGGUUCGCCGCAGGUGGGUGAAACCUCUUUCCUCCCGUCUCCUUUUGCCUCUGCAAAACUCCACACUCCUUCCAGAAAGGGCAGCUGGCCUGAUUCUUACUCUCUCUUCUCCCCACUGAGAUAACAUGAAUUUCUGUGGCCCACUGAAUUCCUCCAGGAAAAUUGGUGGGGCUCCAGUCUCUUGUGACGAGUGAGAAUUCCAGACUCUGAGCCUCAGCUCCUCUUGUCACUGUGCCCGACCCUCCACCCAACGGCUCACUCCAUUCCAUCAAAUGAACCCAGGAGUUCGGGAUCCUCCUUUACCUGCAACUCGCCUUUGCACCCUGCCACCACUCCCACUCCUCUGGCAAACAGGCUUUCUUUAGUCUGGCGGUUUUCCCCCUCUUCCCACCCCUUCUCUCUCAUUCCUGCCUCCCUGCAGAUGUCGGGGAGAAGGGAGGCCAGCUGUCCGCAGGGCAGAAGCAGCGCCUGGCCAUCGCCUGAUCCGGAACCCCAAGGUCUUGGUGCUGGAUGAGGCCACAAGUGCUCUGGAUGUGGAGAGCGAAGCUGCCGUGAGUGUCGGGGGAGGGGGAAAUUGUGGGACUUGGUUGACGUGAGAAGCGUUAGCCAUCAGUGGGUGUGGUGGUUUUAUAUUAUUGUAGGGACACGGGUGGCGCUGUGGUCUAAACCACUGAGCCUCUUAGGCUUGCCAAUCAGAAGGUUGGCAGUUCGAAUCCCCGCGACGGGGUGAGCUCCCAUUGCUCGGUCCCUGCUCCUGACAACCCAGCAGUUCAAAAUCACGCCAGUGCAAGUAGAUAAAUAGGUACCGCUCCGGCGGGAAGGUAAACGGCAUUUCUGCGUACUCUGGUUUCCAUCACGGUGUUCUGCUGCCCCAGAAGCGGUUAGGCCUGCUGGCCACAUGACCCGGAAAGCUGUCUGUGGACAAACGCCGGCUCCCUCGGCCUGAAGUGAGAUGAGCGCCACAACCCCAUAGUCACCGUUGACUGGACUUAACCAUCCAGGGGUUCUUUACCUUUGCCUAUGUUAUUGAUAUUUAUAAUAUUAAUAAAUGGACUUGCAUUUUCCAGUGCCAGUUAGCUUUUAGACCUUAUCCUUUCAGUUUCUCUAUCAUUAUUUUUCCAGUUUGGCCAACCUUAGGAUGACAAAAUUAUAUCUAUCCUGGACUGCAUGCUAUUCUGCCGCCCAAAUUCUGGGCUACCUAACAUGGGCAGGGUAAUAAUAAUAAUAAUAAUAAUAAUAAUAAUAAUUAAAAAAAAUAUGUGGCGCACUCAAAGUUCUAUAUCCUUGUGUGGGAAAACAGCAGGAUUCAUAAUGCUUACAAACAUCUCUCUCAAUCUCUCUCUUACACACACACAGCCAGUGGUUAGUGUGUUAGACUGGGACAGCGGGUUCAAAUCCCCACUCAGCCUUGAAGCUCACUGGGUGACCUUGAGCCCAUCCCUGCCUCUCAGCCUAGGCUACCUCGCAGGGUUGUGAGGAAGAGCCCCAUAUACGUCACCUUGAGCUUCUUGGAGGAGGGCUGGGAUAGAAACCUAAUAAAUAAAUAAAAUAAAUCUAAUAGGGGUUUCUGGCUUCUUCCCCCAGAUCCAGCAGUCACUGAUGAGCGGCCGGGCCAGGGCGGUGCUGGUGAUCGCUCACCGGAUGCAGACGGUGGAAGCCGCGAACAGGAUCGUCGUCCUGGAGGGUGGGGAGGUUGUGGAGGAGGGACGCACUCUGAGCUGA